AUGAUCCCAUAUUUGGCGGCCAUAAUUCUCCUGAUGCCGCUCAUCGAUGCGCUCAAUGUUCUCGUAUAUUCGCCGACAUUUGCUGGCAGCCACAUGAAUUUCAUGGGAACCAUCGCUGACACACUCACCGACGCUGGACACAAUGUCACAUUCCUGGUUCCGGUCGCCGACGACACGAAAAAAACGCAAUUCGGCGUACAAUCGACAAAAUCUGUGAUACUCGUCGAGCUCGCCGACGAACUGCGAAAGAAGCAAAAUGUCGCCGACGAUUUUCUCGGCGCCGCGUGGCUCGCCGAAACGACACCCGAAUCGAUGGACGAGGGAAAUCGAUGGUUCACUGAAAUGAUGGUGAACACGUAUCGCAAUCUUCUUCAGAAUAGGGAAGCGCUUCAAACGUUGGCUUCCAUCAAAUACGAUGUAUUCAUUGCGGAGCCGAUGUCGCAAUGCGGAAUCGCAAUCGCGUGGCAUUUGGGAAUCACAAAGCAGAUAAUCGCAAGCUCGCCGGUCUUGCUCGAUUUCGUUUUGCCGCUAACCGGCGAGCCCGAAGAGCUCAGCUAUGUGCCGUCGUUCGCUUCGCAAUCCGCCGACCGAAUGAGCAUUGUCGAGAGAUACCAGAAUUUGCGAUUCUCAAUGGCGGUCACCCGUCAAAUGACGCGGCUGUUCGCGCGCGAACACCAAUUAUUCGGCGAGAUCAUCGGAGGCGAUUUGCCGCGUUGGCAGGAUUUGUUCGCGAUCGCCUCGAUCAUUUUCACCAACUCGAACGCGUUCCUCGAUUUCCCGCGACCGGUCAUCCAAAAAACGGUGCCGAUUGGCGGAAUCGCCAUGGAUUUGGACAAGAUUCGAGCCACCACGAUGUCAAAAGAAUGGGAUGAGGUGCUGAAUCGACGACCGAAGACAAUGCUCGUCUCAUUCGGAACAAUGACAAAAUCUUCGGUCAUGCCAAAUUCCUACAGACAAAAUCUAUUGAAUGUGUUCGCGUCGUUCGCAAAAGUGACGUUCAUUUGGAAAUAUGAGACCGAUGAUUUGGAAUGGGCCAACGGGGUCGAUAAUAUUCAUUUCUCGAAAUGGGUCCCGCAGCCGGCUCUUCUAGCCGAUCAUCGAUUGUCCGCAUUUUUGACGCACGGCGGUCUUGGGAGUACAAACGAACUUGCAUAUAGCGGAAAACCGGCAAUAACUGUACCGGUGCUCGGCGAUCAGAUGCGCAACUCGCUGAUGCUCGCCCGCCACGAGUCGAGCAUCAUCAUUCGUCAUAAAAGCCAAUUAGAAAAUUUUGCGAUUAUGAAGGAAGCCAUCGAGCAGAUACUAUUCAAUGAGACAUUCGCGAUAAACGCCCAACGCCUCGCCGCGAUGCUUCAGAAUCAGCCGCUCAAGCCGAAAGAGCUCGUCGUGAAAUAUGUGGAGUUUGUCGGAAACUACGGACCACUCACAAAAUUGGACCCUUAUUCGAGACAACUCAAUUACUUCCAGCGAACGAUGCUCGAUAUUUAUUUGCUAAUAGGCUCCGCCUAUUUUGUUGUCUUCUCAGUCGUCCUUUACGUUCUAUAUAAGGCGCACAACUUUUUGCGAAUGAGAUUGCUCAAAUCAAAAUCCGAAUGA